AUGUCGUCCGCCGCUCCCACUCAGCCAGAAGACGCCCGCCCUCUGCCCGUCAACUUUGUCCUUGGCCCCAUCGCCAACCCUCCCACCCACAACGUCGCCAACCCUCCCAACCAGCACGUCGCCAACCCCGCCUCACUCUCCCUCGUGCCUGUCCCCCGCUGGCGGGAACUGGUGCCCGUGUUGCCUACUGCCUGGCCUGGCUGGACUUGGACUGGCGGGUUUCAAGGAUGGCUGAGGGGCAUCUUUGAGGAUAUUGCUGGCCAAGAUCAGAGGGCCUACAACAAGUGGAUUGAGAAAGAGUUCAGGAGGAUCGACUCGGACCCAUUGUCUCUCGAUGAAGCCAACGACGCGCGAAGCGAAGCCAGACAAACGAUCGAUGAUCACCGACGAAUGUCAUUCUGGGCCACGGGUACGUUCUCUGGGUGUACAUUCUUCACCAUUUCCGAGACCUGA